AUGGGUGUUUCAGGAGUGCAAAUCACUGACAAUGCCCAGCUGUUCACGGUCGACCGGCACUUCGUUCGCCGAAGACGGAAACGCUCCGCAGCCGCCGAUACGGAGCCGCUGCGUUCGCGUACGCGACUGCGAGGAAUCGCCCGCGACUGCGGUCACGCCUGCCACCUGCGGCUGCGAUCCCACGACAGCGUCUACGUCGUCCACCUGCACCGUUGGAGCCAGAUCCCAGCUCCUCACAACAAGUGAGCAGCGAUAAAUGUUCCUAGAAUGAGGAAAUUCGCUUCAGAAGCCUGCCAGCCAUGCCGAACUCGGCAUACGCCCCGCUGGUGCUCUACUUGGACGCGGAAGACACGGUCAACGGUCGGAUGUCGCGAGCCUCCGCCGACUGCAUCUACCGGGCUCGCGUCGUCGGCGUUCACGAGCACAGCAUCGUCAAUCUCUGCGACUCCGACGAUGGACUGGUCAGUCAAUUCUGCUCUACAUUAAUGCUUUGAAACUUGAGGAAAUUCUGUAGGAAACCACAGUUCUGAGUGAUGCGUGUGUAGUGGGAAAGCAUUAAAAAAUGAUUUGAUUAUUUUUGUUGAUGCCGUCUCUAGAGAUUUUGAAAUACGAGAAAAUUGGUUUUAAAUCGAAGUUCUAAGUGAUGCGUGGGCAGUGCGAAAGUGACGCAAAAUGAUUUGGUUAUUCCUGAUGGCCGCAUAUGAAUGUGCUUCUAGUGAUUCAGACAUUUCGAGACAAAUAAAUCAACAAACUGAAGAAAAAGAAAAAUUUGAAAGUGAAAAUUCUUUAUGUUAAGCUUUCAGAAAAGCUCUUUCGAAAAACCUAGACAAAUUUUUGAGUUUGUAAACCCGAGUCCUAAUGUCUUUUUUUCAUUGAGAUUGCGAACUUACUCAUUUUUCUCAUCAAUUGCCUAAUUUUAGUGUUUUUCAAAAGAUUGGAGAUUUCAGAAUUGAUAGAGUUCAAGUUUUGGUUGAUUGAUAGACAUCCUUUUAAGAUUUUCGUAACAUUUCUCCAGCGGUCUUUUUCUUGAUGGAAACUAUUGUUCUCUUGCAAUAUUUACUGUUUACAAGAGAAGAAGAGAUAGAGAGCCGCCAGAUCAAAUAGAAGUCGACAGUCUUCAAAAAGUAUCUGUUGAUAUGAUUGGGGAAAAGAAACACAAGGGCGAGAAGCUGUUCGUUGUAGAUCAUCCAUCAAUUUCCUUCUGGACAUUUCUUACACUUUCCUGCGGGCAAAUCCACGCCAAUCCGUUUUUUUUGUGUGUUGUGUUGAGUAUAUAUAUUCUCUUUUGAAGGUGAUUGAUAGGUGGGGGAGGUGACGUUUGCAUAUGAUUCUUAAUAAAGUCCGACGAAGCUUCUGAUCGACUAAAGAAUCCUGAAAAAAGUAUAGCUGACCUCUUAGAAGUUCUUUCACCGGAAACUGAGAUUGGAAACACAUUUUCCCGCAAGGAAUGACGUUCAAGAACGAGAUGGUUUGCAACAUUUGAUCCUAUUUCUGCUCUGGAAGAUUUCACAUGUGUUUUUUGGACAAUCUCCGAUGUUCAAGCUAAAAACAAAGUAUAAUCAUCAGAUACCUUGAGCAAAAAGGUCGAAAGUUUGAAUCUUGAAACCGUUUUUCAGUUCAGAUUUGCUCCUUAAUCUCACUCAAGCAGUUUCAGAAAAUUAAAAAAAGUAUUUUUCAAGAUAAAAAUGUUUCAGAUGGUAAAAGAAGUAAGAGAAGCUCGUUUCAAAGCUUCUCUGAUCUGUUGAAGAUAUAGAAAAUCAUGAUAAGAAGCUGUCAUUGGGUUUCGGGAUUGAGACCAUAACUAUGUUUUCUCGACGAAACAAUUUUAACACUAUUUAGGUCUCCGUAGCUUCGAUGCCAACAUUUUGAGCGUUUAGACAAUGUUAAGAGAUUUGAAACGAACGACAAAUGGCAGAUCUAGGGAAAGUGGCUCUUCAGCUGAAGACGUCGCGUGUACAAACAGCCUCCAUCAUAAUUAUCGUCAUCAAACACUAGAAACAGCGAAUAAACAGUUAUCUCGCGAGCCCCUGAGCGGCGAGUAAAAACUGUUUGACCGACGUCGUGUCUGUGUUUGCAGACGAGUUUUAUUGCGCUGCUGGAUUAAAACUCGGAAAAAAGAAAAAUCGCGAAAGCUCCCGAAUUUCAUUCCCACGCAUCACGAACCCAAGGGUGUUGAUAAGCUCUCGAAAAAUAAAUGAUGACAAAAUUGCGUCAUCAGAAGUGACGUUGACUUUUUUGCAGUACGGUUUGCUCGCCCUCAAGGAAGGAGUACACACGGUGGAACCCAUCCAACAGUCAUCAUCCGCAGGUUUGUAACUGGCGCCCUUGGUUUGAGAUAGAACAGGAAUGAAUGUGCCAAUGAAGUCCUUAUGAGUACUUUUUGGUUUGAAAAGAAAACCGCAAAAAUAGCUACAAAAUACCAAAGAAGCUGUCAAAAUGUCCUGAAAAGGAGAGAGUGGUCUUUUUUUUUGAAUUUAUCGAGAACCCAAUAAAUCGGGGAAGUUUUUCGAAAUAUUACGUUGUGACAAUGUGUUCUGAAGCGUUAUCAGAAAGUUUUUUUAUACCUUUAAAUGGAAAUUUUCUCAUUUUCUCGCUUUAUUUUUGAACUCUCCUCUGUAACUUUUCAUCUCUAACCAUUUUCAUGACCAAAACUGUCCAAUUUAGGCAUGUAGGACGUGAAAUCUUUUUUAUCAUCAAGAAUAUCAGUAAUUCAGACGAGGAGGCAUUGGCGAGCGACAGUAGAAGGGUCCAUCACGCCGUCCGGCCUUUCGAAACCCACCAUUUCCGCGCCUUCGACCACACCAACGCCACCGCCGAACAAGUCGAAGAGCCUGAAUCCUACGCCAACGCUACCUGGGAGGACAUCAAUGGUCAGUUCGAUUCCGAAUAGUCUUAAUAGCAGUUCGAAGCUUCAUCUUUGUCUCAAACUAGAAUUACUGGCCCUGAAUGAGUCUGAUUUGAGUUUUUUUUUUCCUCCCAGAGUAUGACGAAAUAAGGUUCACACUAGUUGAAUUGUCAUCUUCGGCAACGUUUCUGACUCAUUUUGCACGAGUAACACCAGUACGAUUCAACACACAAAAACAAUGGACAAUGCGAUGCUGACAGUGUGCACGGACCGCCGUCGUGAGCCGCCGUUUUUGCUCCGAGUUGACCUCAGUGCGUAGUGUGUGAGAGUGGCGGGGAGUGAGUCGGGUUUUGUGAGUGUAUGUGUGUGAUGGAAAAGUCCCGAAAACGGUUUGCCGUUUAGCAGGAAAGCCUCCUCGAGUGGGCUCCAGCCGAGGAAAUAGCGUGCGACAUUCCGACCUUCUUCUCGUUUUUCUCCGUCUUCUUCUUCUCCUUCUUCUCCUCCGGCUUCACCGCCGUCGGGCUCGAGAAGUUGCAAUGUUGGCAAACAGUGCGAGUACGCGUUGUUGUGCGCUUCCGUCACAAAGGGCAAACCGAACGGCGAUCGGCAUGGUCGCGUGGAUCUUGCUUCCAAGCAACAUUCCUUGAUUUUCGAGGAUUUUUGGGCUAAAUGAAGUGAAUGAAAAAGAAAUGGAGAAAAGGUUGAAAAAGGCAGUCGGAGUUAUUCAUUCCGUAUCACUAGGUCUGUCAGUUCAAAUUUUUUGGGGAGAUGUUUUUGAAAUUUCGACUUACCGGCUUUGUUUUCAUGUGAUCACUUGACAGUUUUUCAUCUUUUUUUUGUGUCUUUUUGAUUCUUGGAUAUAAAUUAUUAUAGAACCUCUGAUAUGGAAAAUCUAGGAGAGCGAAUUAGUUUUUAUGAAGAGAAAAAUAGUUCAAGAGCUAUAUCCAAUUAAAAAACUUGCCAUUUUUUAAUUUUAAUUUCUGUUAGUCUACGUAUACUUUUCUCCAGAAGUUUCAUUCAAAUGAGUUCCUAUGUUUUCUACAUUUUUCCUUCUCACAAAAACAGAUAGAACUUUUCUUACACAAACAGUAUCUAUCAAACUGUUUCCCUUUGACAUUUGCCAAAUGCGGCGUGCGAAGUUUUAACGGUGGCCUUCCAUUAGCCGCCCCACUGACGAUGAUUCAAGUGCGGUCAGCGGAAGUCGUCCUCCCACCAUCAACUUCGAAUCUCCAAAUCGGGUCCCGGUCCGAAGUUCUGUAGAGGGAUCUGUACAUUUCCAACUUUCACUCGCAAAAAAUGGAUGAGUUCCAAGAAAAUUCGAGAAGUUUUACAGUGUUGGCGAUCAUAUUGAUAAGGAAUAUCCGGAAUCUAUAUAAAAUGAUCUAGUAUCGGUCGGAAUAUAAUAAUUCAGGAAGCAUCAAAGGACUCUAUUCUAGUUGUGAAGUUUGGUGAACAGGAAUUGGAUUUCUUGAAGCAAUUUACUGUUUUCAAUCUCUCACACGUUUUUUUCAAUCUCUCACACGUUUUUUUCAAUCUCUCACACGUUUACUAUUCCUGAGCGUUUAUUUUCAUCAUUUUUUUAAAAAUAUUUCCCAUAAUUUCUAUCAAAAAGUUGGAUUGGUUCAUUUCCAGAAUAUAUUUCCUGUCUGAGGAACAACUGGGAAGACCGUAAAUUAAGAUGAAGCCGAAAAAAAGUGUUGUUCGCCGUAAUGUCGGCUAUUGAGCCGCGCACGAGUUGUGAUUUAUUCUUUGCGCGAAAAUUCCAGUUGGAUCCUCAUUUUUUCGUUCCAUCUAUAAAACCAAAAGAGUCGAAGGGAUUGAAAAACAGAAAAAUAUCAUGGACAUUUUCAGAUCGAAAAGCACGAUCACGACGAUCGGCCAACUCUUGGGAUCAUUAUGUUGAGGUGAAAAAUCCAAGAAAGAAAUUUUUUCAAAGAAGAUAUGGUUCUAGGUUCUCGUGGUGGCUGACACGAAGAUGUACGAGUAUCACGGGCAUUCUCUCGAGGACUACAUCCUCACACUCUUCUCCACUGUAAGACUUUCCUCCUGAAAACAUUUUUUAGCUCCUACUAAAAAGUGAUUUUCGAGACUCUGUCAAAAAUAUAAAAAUUAAAAUCAGCUCAGAUAAAGUUUUUGCGCUUAAUAUUGACGGAAAAUAUGCUCCAUACCGAACUGUCAAGACUAUGUCCAUUUUCAAGUAUAAUUUUUUAAAAUUCUAUUUUGUGUCCGCUGUGUUCGUUUUUUUAAAGGAGAUUUUUUAUGCCGUAACUUGAAAAAAAAUUUAGUUUUUUGGACCAUCUUAAAUUUGCUUUGUAGGGAAUUUCAAGAAUAACCGGGUUUUGCAGUCUAGUUUUUUAGAAUUACCACAGCAAAGAAAAUUGAGCGAGUCUGUAGAUUUUCAACUAGAAAAACUUUUUUUAAGCUGAUUUCUUUGAGGUUUCUUUCUCUUGUACUCGAUUUCGUAUAAAAAUAUCUUUUCAACACUGAAAUUUGAAAUUAUUUAUUUUAUCUGAGUCUUUCAGGUUGCUUCUAUCUACCGCCAUCAGUCGUUGCGCGCCUCCAUUAAUGUUGUCGUCGUAAAAAUCAUCAUUCUCAAGCAUGAAAAUGUCCGAGAAUCGCUUCAGUCGUUCACGAAAUAGAGUGUUCAGGCGGGUCCCAGAAUCACCAACAACGCGCAGUCGACGCUCCAGGAGUUCUGUCGAUGGCAGCAGCUGUACAACGAUCCCGACGACGACAGCGUCCAGCAUCACGACGUCGCCAUCCUUCUCACGCGUGGAGACAUUUGCAGGUAUGAAUUGAAAUUCGUUAUGAGUAUUUUCGAUAGAAAAAUUUUAGAAAGUUACUGACAACUUUAUUUGCGAAGGGUUUUGCGAUAAAAUAUUUCGAUUUUUUCUUUUUGGCAGUGGAUUAGUACUAUUAAUCAUGGACUUCCGGGUGUUCUUCUCACUGAAAGAAGUAUACCAAGCUCUUUUUUGUUUCUUCUAUCCGUAAAUCGACCAGAAACGAGAUAAUCAUCGAAGAAAAUUAAAGAAAGUCAUGAUUGUCAGUGAAAUUUCCUGUUAAAAUCAUGAAAAAAUAGAUCCGCCGGCAAAUGCGACACCCUGGGACUUGCCGAACUCGGAACCAUGUGCGAUACUCAGAAAAGCUGUGCCAUCAUUGAAGACAACGGCCUCAGCGCUGGAUUUACCAUUGCCCACGAGCUCGGACAUGUGUAAGUUUCAAUCUAAAAUAAAAAGCUCGAAUUUUGAAAUCGAAAAGAAAUUUUUUUAAAUUUCAGCUUUUCUAUCCCCCAUGACGACGAACGCAAGUGUGGCCAGUACAUGCAGCUCAACAAGGUUAUAAAAUUUUUAACUGAUGGGGAAGUUCUAGAAUGAACGAAAAAAUCAAUGAGGGCAAAAAAUGUAGCUAGAUAAACGCGCCUUUUGUCUUGGAUUAUGUACAGAUUUGAAGACGAUUUUUUUAUGCUUUUAAUUUUUCGCAGUUUCAAUUUCUUUGUUAUAUUUCGUUCAAUGAUAGUAGUAGCUGGAUUUUUGCAAAUUCUCUUUAUUAAAUAGGUUUCAAUUCAAUUCAAACACCAGAUUCGAUGUUUCAGAUGAACUACCACAUCAUGGCGCCAACUCUGGAGUACAACACCCAUCCUUGGAGUUGGUCGCAGUGUUCGGCGAACAUGCUGGAGCGCUUCUUGGAGUUGGUCGGAGAGUCUGCGGCUGAGGAGAAAGAUAUUUUCAGCAACCACCGUGGCCAGAUCCAGUGUCUUUUCGACCAGCCCGUGGAGCGGCGUUACUACGACGAGAUGUUCGGAAAGCAAGACGCUCCAGGCCGGAAGUACGACGUCCACCAACAAUGUCGAUUCGUCUUCGGUCCUCAUGCUACCGUCUGCCCUUACAUGGUGACUUUUUUUGAAGAGCGCGGAGCUUAAAGAGAACGAAACAUGUAUAUAAAAGUUACCAAUAGCUAUGUCUGUCGUUUCCUAAUAGAUUUAUUCACAAGAAACUGCUUUUUUUUUACCUCAAGGGCUUUUCUUUAUUUUUUAACUAACCUAUCUCUCUCUUUCUUUUUAUAGUGGGUAUUCAUUUUUCACACAAUUUUCACAAUUUUCUUUUUACAGUCGUAAUCCUUUUUCUCAAAAUAGUUACGAUAAGUUGAGAAAACUUGAUUAAUGAGCGAGGCUCCUUCAGCCAACAUGUCGACGUCUUUGGUGCAGCACGAUUCUCGGAACCACGAUGGGAUGUCGAACCCAGCACAUGCCAUGGGCCGACGGAACUGUCUGCGACGAGUCCAGGAACAUGGUAGACAGAGAAUUCCCCCAGAAGAUCCGAACCCAUCCGUUUUGAGUUCUGCCAUCGUGGUCACUGCGUCAACACGGCUCCAGAACAGAGGCCGAAGACCGAUGGACAGUGGGGAGACUGGCGACCGUGGGGUGACUGCAGCAGAACGUGCGGCGGCGGCGUCCAGAAGGCUCUCCGUGAUUGCGACAAGCCUAGGUAAGCCGUUCAGAAAGUUUGAGAUUUUUAAAAAAAGUUGCGAGUUUAUUCUGAAAUUUUUCACAUUACGUUCUUAUUCCUCUUUGCUUCAGAAAUUGGAACUCAAUCAGGAUUCCAUGAAAAUCUCCCGUUUCACGGCUUUAAACUCAUAGAAAAUCUUCUCACCCAUUGAAAAAAUGAGCAUUCGAAAAUUUGCUUCAAAAAUACGAAAAUAGGACCAACGUGACGAGAUCUGCCUGAAUUAUUUUCUAGUUUGACUUUGUUCUCUGGAACGAAUAAAUCUCAAAACUCUUUGGAAAAAUGAAGACGUUCAGACCGGAGAACGGAGGAAAGUACUGUGUUGGUCAACGGGAGCGCUACCGGUCUUGUAACACGCAGGAGUGUCCUUGGGACACGCCUGGCUUCCGAGAAGUCCAGUGCUCCGAGUUCAACAACAAGGUAGCAUUCAGUCUACGGCUCCGACCUUCAUUCUUCGUCUCCUUCAGGACAUUGGCAUCCACGGAGUGCCGACUCAGAACACCCAAUGGCUUCCGAAGUACGCUGGCGUCGCCGAGAACGAACGUUGCAAGUUGUAUUGCCGUGUUUCUGGAUCCGCCGGAUACUAUCUGCUCAAGGAAAAGGUAAGACCGAAGAAAAAAGGACUGUCAGUUUCUCCUGACUCUGGGUUUAUCAGCCGUGCUAACACGGAUCUUGUAGGAUGUACCCGCCCAAUUAAAACUUUUUGCUUUUUUUUUCCACCGCAGCUGAGGCGCCGUUUUGGCACAGCUGGGUCUCACAUUUUCGAAAUAAACACAGCUGUGUCACCUAUUUCUCCUUGCGCAAGUUUUUUUCAUGUUUAGACACAACUGAGACCCAAAUAGCCUUUAAAAAACACAGGGUAUCGCGACACCUGGCCAGCAGGACAUCUUGUUGCGUAAUAAUUUUUAGACUUGUUGUUCCAUCGCAAUCUUGGAAUGAAAGUUGAAAAAAGAGUUUUCUCAUUCUUCAUUCGAAUAUUCUCUCAUGAAGGAUUUCAAAGACUUAUAAAAAACAUCGGGCAAUUAUUGAAAGAAGAUAAAAAAAAACUCAAAAAAGGCUCGCUUUUAAUCCCAAGCCCAAAUUCGCAACGGCAACAUUGAAUUUUAAUGCUUUUUCAAGUUUUCAAAGUCAACCAGCUCUGUCUCCGGGAUUACAGUACCUUUUCCCGUCAAUUUUUUAUUUACUUCUUAUGAUCUUCUUUGACCUAACAGCUUGGAAAAAAAAAUUCAAAAAUUCAGCCCUAUUAAAGGAUCAUUGUCACGCGCGAAAAAAUUGAUGCGAAUUGUUAGCUGCUCGACUUUUAAAAAUCUGAACAAACUAUUGAAUUUGAAUUCGUUCUGAAGGUCGUUGACGGAACUCCAUGCGACCGGAACGGCGACGACAUCUGCGUGGACGGGACCUGCAUGGCCGCCGGCUGCGACCAUCAUCUCCAGUCGGCCAUCAGACGCGACAAGUGCGGCGUCUGCGGCGGCGACGACACCGGGCUGUCGGAUCGUCAAGGGGACCUUCAACGAGCGCGGCACGUUCGGCUACAACGAAGUGAUGAAGAUCCCGGCCGGAUCCGCCAACAUCGACAUCCGUCAGCACGGCUUCCACAACAAGAAGGACGACGACAACUACCUAUGUAAGAAGAAUUCUCCGAUUUUCAUCACAAAGAAAAAUUAUAGCUCUGCGAUCUUCCAAUGGAGAGUUUCUGCUGAACGGUCACUAUCAAGUGUCGAUGUACCGUCAACAGAUCCCCAUCCAAGACGUCGUGUUGGAAUAUUCUGGAAGUGACCACGCCAUCGAGCGCAUCAACGGCACGGGCCCCAUCAGGUAAAAUAUGAUGUUUUUUCCAGUGAAUUUCUUUCAUAGAAAAAUUUAUUUUUCAUAAAAUCACAUUUAAAAACUAAACUGGAAAUGUGAAAGAUUCCGUUAUCUAACCUUUGACCUCAUACUUUUCAAGAUUUUAUUUUCAAAAAAAUUAAGCUUAUGAAAUUUUCUCAAUGAACUGGUGUCUUUUAGAUAAUUUAUUUGAACGAAAAUAAUAUCUUGGGUAAUAAAAGAGCUAUUUCGAACAUUUUUGUGCGAUUUCUGAUCACUAUUUCAUGUUCUUCUGAAACACGAAAGAAUUAUUGCAGGAAUGACAUCUACGUGCACGUGCUGACGAUCGGCAACAACCCUCCGGACAUCAGCUACGAGUACAUGAUGUCCGUCGAGUCCCCUACCGUCUCCUACGCCUCACUCGCCCGAGCGCCCAACCCAAGCGCGUACUACUGGCGCCUCAGCGACGCCUGGAACGAGUGCGACCGAGUUUGCCAAGGUUCGGCUCCCGAAAAUCGAUUCUUGGCGUCGCUGAUCAGAAACGUAGAACCUUCCGGCUUUUUGAGAUAUCAUUAGCUCUGUGUUCAAUGAAUCAGCAGCUUCUCCGGAAUUCUCCCAAUACCUGAAUUGAUUUGCAGGUCGGCAGACGCAACAGCUCAUUUGCAUGGACGCUUCGACGAAUCGCCAAACCAACGACCGAAAUUGUCGCUCGCGAAGGCCCACGCAGCCCAGUCGCAUGUGUAACAUCGAGUGCACCACUAAGUAGGAUCGUCCUUCUCGAUCUCUUUGAUCUGAACCUUUUGAGAUGGUCGACGGAAGACACGACGAGCUGCUCGGCGAGAUGUGGCUCCGGACAGAAACGGCAAAGAGUCGGAUGCGUCAAGGUCGAAGGCGACAGGCAGAUCCCCACCCUGGAGUCUAACUGCGACCGCGCUAGGUUUGACUAUUUGUCGAGUCGAAUCUAUCUGGUUUAGGCGCAGGCUUGGCCUGCGCGCUAUUUAGGGACAGGAUUUAUUCUAGAUAAAGGCUCUCUGAGGUUUAAAAAGUGAGUGAAAUAAGGAAUCCCGCUCUCUUUUUGUGUUGAAAAAGUUCUCACAAAGUUCUAGUCGAAAAGUAUUAUCUAUACAUAUGGAAGUUGCUUCUUCCAGCCGUCCAUCUGAUGUCGCUGCGUGCUACGUGGACUGUUCUGGACGUCGUUGGACCUACGGAGAAUGGUCGAGUUGCUCGGAGACGUGCGGCACUUCGGGAGUCCAGCGGAGGAACGCCUACUGCACCGAAGGCAACGCUCAUCAUCGCGUGAUCGAGGAGUCGCUCUGCGACCGAGAAACGCGCGAAGUGAUCGAACGCGACUGCGGCCGAGUCCCUUGUCCACGCUGGGUCUACGGUCACUGGUCUGAGGUUUGGGCGUCUGACCCAAGAAAGUGGUGGUGGCGGAAUUUCAUGGAGCUCUGUUUCGGACGGUCUGAUUCUGAAAUCAUCAAAUAAAAGCGCUUGUUUAAAAGUACCUUUGCACAAAGUUCCAUAGAUGUCUGAUACUACCACCUUCUAAAGUUCCCGAAAGAGUUUUUCCAGUUUCAAUCUGAAAGUUGCAGUGUUCGCGAUCCUGCGACGGCGGCGUGAGGAUGCGGCACGCGCAGUGUCUCGACGCGGCCGACCGGGAGACUCAUCACAACCUUUGCGGUCCGAAACACACCCACGAGGCUUGCAACGAGCAUGUCUGCACGUGGUGGUCGUUCGGCACCUGGUCUGACUGUUCUGUGAGCUGCGGCGAGGGAAUCCAACACCGCGCCGCGAACUGCACAGACCGGCAGUCGAGUCGUCUUCCUGAAAGUCAGUUCGAGACUUUCAACUUUUCAACGAGCUUUUAUUUCUUAAAAAUAAAAAUUUCAGAAUAGGGACAUUAUGAUUUCUUAAUAAUCACUCUGAAUACCGUAACAAACUUCAGCUCGCUGCAACAAGCUGGAGAAAAUCGUCACGAAGGCCUGUCAACGAAUUAAUUGUCCGUCCUGGAAGCUUGGCGAAUGGUCUCAGUGCAGCGUAAGUGUGGAGGCGUUGUAUCUGAUCAGAAUUUCCCUCAGGUGACCUGCGACGACGGUUGGUCUCUCCGAAGGGUCUCUUGUGUCGACGGCGCAGGUCGCGACGUCGAACUCUCCAAAUGCGGACCCACAAACGAGCGUCCUGCCAGCCACAAGACUUGCAACCUCGGCUCGUGUCCCUUCUGGAGGACCACCGACUGGGGACCUGUUCGUUUUUCUUUUUUGACAGACCAAAGCACGACUAUAACUUUUUUUCACUGCUUGUUCCGCCAGUGUUUCUCAAAGGUAUGUAUUUCAAGAGACCGUUGGAGACUUUUCAGUGCUCGGUGACGUGUGGAAACGGAAUGAGAGAGCGGACAAGCGAGUGUCUCUACCGCGAGCAGAUCGUCGACUCGUCUUUCUGCGGCGAUGCCAAGAUCCCCGACAGAACUCAGCAGUGCAACCUGAUGCCGUGCACGAGUUGGGAGACGUCGUCGUGGUCGCCGUGUUCAGUGACCUGUGGCACUGGAGAACAGUCCAGAACCGUCCACUGUGUUCGCGGCAACGAGAAAGCCAUGGUUGAAGACUACUACUGUGACAGGGUUUUGUUUUUAAUUUUAAAGUUUUUGAAAGGUCAUAAUAAGUUUUCUAUAAUAGUUUUGAAUGACAUGGUUAGAAAAAAGCGAUUUCAGAAGUUUCAUCUGAACUCCAUAAAAUCCGAACUCAAAUAUUUUAAGGAGAACCGUCCACGCGACCACAAGAUCUGCGAGAAAGACGCCUGUGACUCCCGAAGAAUCGUCUCGCAACUCCAAGCCGACGUCCCACCGAUUCGCUGGGCGACAGGUCCCUGGUCUCCUUGUUCUGCGUCUUGCGGCAACGGAACUCAACGAAGACUGGUCCAACUUUCAUCUGCGUUCUUUUAGUAACCCCUAUUUUUCAGCUCAAAUGCCGAGACCACGUCAGAGACUUGCCUGAGGAGUACUGUUCCCAUCUUGAGCGCGAGCCGGACACUCGCGUCUGUUCCAUCAAGCCUUGCACCUACUGGAAGAGCGGACCCUGGAUGGCUGUAAGUUUGCUCUAGUGCAUCCUGCAUGACGUCACCGGAUAUGUUUUGCACCUUUUCCACCAAGGCAAGUUCAGUGCCCAGCGACCUGCGGCGCACACGUCCAGCAGUCGCGGAGCGUCCUCUGCGUCGGCCACGACGGAAGUCCGGUCAUCGACACGGACUGCGACAUCCAGGAACGGCCGCCAAGUGCCAAGAACUGCCGUCUGGAGGCUUGCCCCCGUGGAGAGGCGCCUCUUGGCAAGUGGCAGGUCGACGAAUGGUCCAAGGUCUCCGCACUUUGCUUUUUUUUGGGUUUCUCUUGCACUGGUGGACAGGCUUCACGAGAAAAGGAUGAAUUUUCACCGGAAAAAUGCUUCUUUUUAUCUACUUCUCUUUUUGAUGAAAUUUUUCUACAUCGGAAAAAAAACUACACUCUUUAGAAGUUUAGAUGAAGAUCUUUUGUAGUAAUGGUCUGCAAACAGUUAUACUUCUAGAAACAUGAAUUGUUCAGUCUCGUCAAUAUGAUACCUUAUACUACGAAGUUUGAAAAAAAUGGUUUUUCUUGGAAUGUCACUACUUUUUCUAUCAAGUUUUCUCUUCUACUUUCCUCUUUUGAAACUUCUACUUUCUACAGCACAUAGCACAUACAUAUUUUUCAAAAAAUUCCAAUCCAACAUAGAGAUUUUGAAGAAAAAAAAAUGAAUUCAAGAUCCAUUUUCUUUUCUCAAAAAGUAUUUUCAAGUGCUCUGCGAGUUGCGGAGGAGGUUGGCGUCGUCGAGGCGUCGUCUGCUCCUUGGCUUCCUGUGACGAAACUCGCAAGCCGCGCAUGUUCGACCGCUGCAACGAGCACGUCUGUCCACCUGUGGGAAAUUCCAGCUGGCAAAUCUCACCUUGGACUCACGUUUGAUCAAAAGAAAAGCUCCGAAAAAUAAAACCUAUUUUCAGUGUUCGGUUUCUUGCGGAGAAGGUGUGCAGCGUCGACGCGUCUGGUGUGAAGACGCAGUAUCAGGCCGCAAGCAGGACGAUCCGGAGUGCGCGGAGAAGAAGCCCUCGGAGCAGAGGGACUGCGACUUGCCGCCGUGUCCCACGAUGACCUCGUCGGACAGCAGCAGAGACGUCUCCUCCAAGACUUCGCAGGCUUCUUCCGUCCCUACGCCAGGACACGCCAUCUGGCAGACGUCGCCGUGGAACUCGGUACGUCGUCAUCGGCCGUCUGCGGCUCGCAACCGCGUCCAUAACUAUUACCGUAGACGCAAGCUCCGCCCACAUUCACGAGCUCCAUCUCGUGCUCCCAAACGCUUAGAUCAUCAGCAUCCUCGAUAUUAUUAUGAGUUGCCGCAGAAAAUAUAAUUUACAGUGACGGUCAAAAACAUAACCCUGAUUUGUCUCAGUUAUCUUUGAGAUUUUGGCAAAGGCCAGAAUCAAAAGUUUGAUUCAGCAGAGAUCAAAUUAGGUCUGUUUUUAACCGUCAUUGCAUAUUAUUUAGACGUUCUAGUAUUUAUUUAAAGGUUUUUGUUAGAGAAAAUUGCCAUAUCGUUUAGGUGUAAUCGCAUUUCGCUUAACAAGAAGCUCUCAUUGCAACUGCCAUAAUUUUAGGCUCAAACAAGGAAAGUCAUAAUUAUUUAAUUUCUUAGAGAAGUCUUUUUAUUCAUUUAAUUAACUGUCACUUCAGUUUCAGCGACAGUUGCAUGCUUACAGGUGCUUUCGCGAAAAAAAGUGCAAUUUUUUUGUUUCAAUUUAAAUGAGUCUCAAAGCUACCAUUCACUUGAAGAGAUAUCUUUCCCGACGUCUUGCACAAACUGGCCAAUCGCUUUCCAAAUCGAUCCACGCGCUUUUUGUACCGUCUUCUUUUGCGUUACUUAAGCAUUUGUUCAUUUUUGUACGCCCCAUUUUCAGUUUGUUUCCCACAAAAGAUUUUCAUUCGAAUCAGUUGAAACAAGCUGAAAGGAGUAUACGGUCCCUUGUCCAAUGUCUCACUUGUCGAUGUCCUUGUCCUCCAAACGACCUGCCGUCUUUAUUGUCCGUCUCAUUUUAUUUCAUUUUCAUGAUGUUUCACCGUAUGUGCUUUGUUUUUCAAUUAGGGCUUUUCACUAUUUUUUUUCAUUUGUUUUUGCAAUCUUCCGGGUAUACUGAAAGAAACAACAAAUUUCUUGAAUUUGUUUUAUUUCACAUGCAACAUGAACAACAUGGGUCAACAAAGAAUAUUGGUGAAGAACACAAAAAACAGUCCACGAACACCUCAUUGAUGAAAAGGAAGAAAAUUUAUGUCAAGAUUUUUUUUUUCGGAUUUUGUGUCUUCUAGCCCUAACACGCUAAUGGGUGUAACACUAUAAAUUAAAUGUCGGAUCCUCACAAUUUUAUGUUGAAUUGAUAAUUGCACGACUUUUUGUUCUGUUAUAUUUUUCAUUAAUUUUCGUGAAAAGCUAUUUUUUGAGUAGAAGUACUCCAACCACACAUUCAUAAUAGUUGGAAGAGCUUCGAAAGCUGAAAAAUCUCUUCUAAAAAUGAUUCGAAUGGUAUGCAGAAGGCUUGUAGAGGGUUUUUCACGACCAGCGAAUGUGCAAAAAGAAAAAAAAGUCUAGACGUUGUAUUUAUAAAUUUUUGUUUCGGGUCAGCGGUGAAUGAAGUAGAGCUUCAAAGAAUCUGAAAGUUUUUGAUGCAUGUUUUUUCCAAGUUUUCUGUCUCCACAGUGGUACUUCACAUGUCGGUCAAAUGUGUCCCUUCUGGAUUUUUCUUAAAGCUUUUUAAAAAAAUAUUUGUUUUAAUGGCGCUAAUUGAAGGAAAAAUGUUUCUAGUCUGUCAAAAAGUCCUUGCUGAGGCCUUUGAAGACACUAAAAUUCAAAAAAAAAGAAAAAAAGAAAAAUUUUAUAAAAUUGAUUCAUCGGCAAUUCCUAUAUCCCAGCAAGGAGUUUUGAAGAGACUAUACAUUUUUUCAAGAUUUUCUAUUACAAAAAUUUUUCUCGAAUUAAAAAAGGGCACUGAGAACGUGAGCAUGUUCAGUGUUCGGCGAAAUGCGGUAGAGGAGUCAAACGGCGAACGAUCGCCUGCGUCGACGUCGCCGCGAAUGAAACGGUCGCCAGCAGUCGCUGCGAUCCGUCGCUUCGUCCGAGGGAGGAAAUCAGAUGCCGCGUGACGCACUGUCCUCGAUGGCGCGGAAUGCCCUGGAGCGCUGUAUGUUUCGUGAUAAAUCUUCUACUUUGUUCAGCAAUCUUGGUUAUAUCUGACUUUAACUCACUAGUAUUUCAGUUAAUUUCGCUUUAAAUGUGUUUCUAUAACAGAGUAACUUCUUCAAACUUUAUAAAAGUUAAAAUGUGAUUCUCAGGGAAAAGUUUUUGAGGAAGAUCGAAAAAAAAACGUCGAGUUUAUUUUGGGAGAUCAGAAAUCAAAAUUAAAUGAACUGAAUGAGAAAUAAAAAAAACUUCAUAAAGAUUUUUUUCUCCGAGGAGUUUCCUGAAUAAGACAUAUGUUCUUGAAGUGCUCGGUGACGUGCGGAGAAGGAAUGCGAACGCGCGAAGUCUUCUGCCAACGUGGACGACGACAAAAAGGUCGGCGACGAGGAAUGUUCGCCGACUCCGAAGCCGAUCCAAGAAGCACGUUGUUUCCCGGCCGCCUGUCCCGCCUACUCCUGGACCACGACUCCGUGGUCGAAGGUCGCCAGAUCCUUUCCACGACUUCUGAAUCCAUCGCUUUCAGUGCAAGGACGACUGCUCCCUCGGAGAACGGCAGACUCGUCGAGUGUACUGCAUGAGCAACACCGGCAAGAGAGCCGCGCCCAGAAUGUGCGAGCCCGAGCCGGCCCCGAGCACCGCCAAACUCUGCGACGUCUCCAAAUGUCCCUACGAAUGGGUUCCUGACUCCUGGAAUACGGUAAGCCAUGUUUCGUUUAGAAAAGCCGUUUGUGCGAAAACUGCCUUACUCUUCAGAAGUCAAAAUAUAAGUUUUCUCCUAAACAGUAACUUCCAUUGAAAUAUUCCAUACAUGGGAAUGAAGACUUUUCAAAUAAUGGGCGAUAUCAGGUCGUUUAUCAUUUCUUUUGUUUUUGGGGAAGAUUAUUAUCAGAUAACUUUAAUAAGAGUUUUGUCAAUUGGCAAAGUGUUACCUGAAUCUCAUGAGAAAUGGAUAUCAAACAACAAAUUUUUGCGCGAAACACCUAUAAAUCUAAGACAUCUCUGCUUCAAUUCACACUAUUCAGUGCUCCAAAACUUGUGGAGUCGGCAUCCAAAUACGGAAUGUGGAGUGUCGUUUGAAACUCAACGAAUCGAUUGGAAUCGAUGAACCGGCGGUGCCCACGGAAAAGUGCGAACCUUUCCCGAAACCCGAAGAAUCUCAGACCUGCCAGCUCAACUCCUGCGAAGCCGAAUUCAAGUGGUAUUUCGGACCGUGGAGUGGCGUGAGUUUCAAUUUCAAACUCUAUUUCCUGAAACAUUUUUGUUUUUUUAUAGUCUAUUCAAACAUUCAGUGUUCUUCUUCUUGCGGGCAAGGCGUACGCCAUCGAAAACUUCGAUGCCAGGAUAGCAAUGGAAAACGCGUGGACCGUCUCAAAUGCGAAGAACUGUUCAGGAAGCCUCGACGGACGCAGUUCUGCUUCGAGAGGAACUGUCAGUAGAUGAUCAGAAGACCUGAAUCCCUACGAGUCGAGUUUCAGGCCUGCCUUCGACGUGCCAGGAGAUGAGGGCGAUGCGCUCGAAACACGAGGAUGGCGACUACACUCUUCUGCUCGACGGAUACCCCAUCACCGUCUACUGCCACAUGAUGAAUGAUACCAUCCCGCGCGCCUACAUCACCCUCAAUCCUGAGACCAACUACGCCGAGAUUUACGGAAAGAAGUGCGACUUUUUCCUGAAAACAGUUGAAGUAAGAGAAAGUUUCAGGCUGAUCUACCCCAGCACCUGUCCUCACAACGGCGAACGCAACGAUUCCUGUCUCUGUUCGGACGACGGCGACUCCAACGCCGGACUCACCACUUUCAGCAAAAUCCGCGUCGAUUUGCCCAAUCGCAAAGUCCAUCGUGAGCUUGACUUUUUCUAAACUUGACAACGAUUGAAGGUAGGGGAAGUAAUGGACGGCAUUUGGAUUUUUGUAAAUAUGUGAAAACAGGUUUUUUUUAAAUGAACAUUUCAAAAGUUAUGCAUUAGCGCAGCCGUUUCGAGGUGUAUAAUUCAAAAAUUGUGUGAAUUUUAUUCAUAUGUCUUUUUAUAUGACGUUUCUCUCGGAAAUAAAAUUCAAAAAGAUUUGAACUUUUUUUCCAGAAAAUUUUUGAAGAAGUUUCUGCAAGCUUAUAAGUAGCAGAAUAAUACCACUUUGUAUGAUUUUAAUUUUUUCUUUUUGAAAAUUGAAUUUUCGUCAUUUAUAACGUCAGGUACGCAAACAGCCGACUUGACGCGAAAAAUUAUUCGAGAGCUCGAAAGUAUAGCCAGCGCUAGUGAUAAUACUCUUUAUAGUGUUUUUCAAUGAUUUUUCUGAUCUCAGUUUUUUUUCAAACUUUUAAAAUUUUUUUAAUAAUUUCACCGACUUUGUGCUAAAAUAAUUUUACUGAUGAUUAAAAGUAGAAAAAUGAAGAAAAAACUAGAAGUUCAAGAGGACUUUUCAGUAACGGACUAUACAUUCGCAACGAAAGUCCACGGCAACUUCGUGCCAUACGCGACCGCCGGAGACUGUUACAGUAUGCGGGAAUGUCCGCAGGUUACAGUUCAUGGAGAUUCGGUGCUUAUACUGACUGAUUCAGGGUCGAUUCUCUUUGGAUUUCCAAGGGACGAGUCUUCGCGUGGUGGACGACCUCAACUGGGAAGACCAAGGCCAUCGGACGGCCUCACGGAUCGACAGAACUCUUGUCAGUUUUCAUAGUACUUAGAAUUAAUCUUUUUCGAACCUUUUUUGGCUUCAAAAAUUGGCGAAAAUGAAAAUUGCCAAAAAGAUCCGAACCCACAUUUUUUGCUUUUUGAACUUCCUAAGCUGAGCAGCUUUUUCAAAGGCUGAUUUCAGAAUAAUGCCAAGAUCGAAGGUCGUUGCGGUGGCUACUGUGGAAAGUGCGCUCCGGAACGGUUCAAAGGCCUGAUAUUCGAGAUCGACCCGCGAGGGAAAAAGAAAUGGGAGCCUGGCGACACACUGUAG